AUCAUUUUAUUGAUUCCAAAUUCCAGACAUCCGUUCCCUCGAGUCUUCAGCCACUGCAGCAAACGGGACCUGGACAACUACUUCCAGAAGGGGGGGGGCAUGUGCCUCUAUAACAUGCCCAACAUGAAGGAUCUGGUGGGAGGCAAGAAAUGUGGCAAUGGCUUUGUGGAGGAUGGAGAAGAGUGUGAUUGUGGGGAGCCUGAUGAAUGCACCAAUGACUGCUGCAAUGCCAAUAAUUGUACACUCAGGGAGGGGGCUCAGUGUGCCCACGGAGUGUGCUGCCAUGCAUGUAAGUUGAAGCAGGCAGGCACCAUGUGCAGAGGACCAGCAGGGUCAUGUGACCUCCCAGAGUACUGUACUGGGGCCUCUCCAUACUGUCCUGCCAAUGUCUACCUGCUUGACGGCUCCUCCUGCCAGUAUGGAAAGGCCUACUGCUACAACGGCAUGUGCCUCACCCAUGAACAGCAGUGCCUGCAGCUCUGGGGUUACGGAGCUCAACCAGCCCAUGAUGCCUGCUUUGAAGAUGUCAAUGCAGCAGGGAAUGCAUUUGGAAACUGUGGGAAAGAUGAACACGGCAACUACAAAAAGUGUGAGAAAAGUGAUGCCAAAUGUGGCAAGAUUCAGUGCCACAGUGCUGCCAAGAAGCCCAAAGGCACCAACGCUGUUUCCAUUGACACAACCAUCAAGACAGGCGGCAUUGAGGUUAAGUGCCGUGGCACCUAUGUAUACAGCACUCAGGACGGCCAGGGUGACCUGCCUGACCCCGGCCUUGUCAUGACUGGCACCAAGUGCGGGGAGGGCAAGGUGUGCAGAGACCGCAAAUGCCAAAAUGCCUCUUUUACCGAGCUGGAGUCUUGCCUUGCAAACUGUCACGGCAAUGGGGUGUGUAACAGCAAUGGGAACUGCCACUGUGACAGAGGCUGGGCUCCUCCCUUCUGUGAGAAGCCUGGCCUGGGCGGCAGUGUGGACAGUGGACCUGUGCAAAACAAUAAUCAGGUGGGUUUGGUGGUGGGUCUGCUGUUUGCGUUCCUGGUGGUCCUUCCUGCAGUGUUGCUGCUCUUCUACUGCUACAGAGUCAAGACUUCAUUCUACCACAAGUGGAUUUCACAGAGAGAGCAGAACAAGAAGAACAAGUACUGUCUCCCUGUCAUGUCCUCUGUCUGUCUGUCCAUCACUGUGUUCUUGAUUUCCCUGGAUACUAAGCAUCCAAGGGAUCUAAGAUUUCACAAACAUUUUGUCUCACCCAACAGAUUGACUGAUAUUUGCCAAAUUUUGAAUAUUGGCCAUCGACUGAAACUUCAAGAACUACUGACUACAGUACUGACUACUGGCCUCUGGCCAGUCAUCUGGCCAGAGGCCAGAUUAAUGAUUAUCCAUCAGUCAGCUGUAGUUUAAUGAGUAACUCCAUCUGCCAACUGGUUUCAGUUGUAUAUAUUGUAAAAAACCAGGGCUGUCAACAAUAACUCAUCAAAAAAUAACUAAUCAAAAAAAUGUAACUCAUCGCACCAGUUCAAUAGGUAAUGAAUAGAAACAUGUUUGGUUUGAGGCAAUAAAAUACAUAUUUUCAAAUUUUUUGUCAGAAUAUGAAUACAACGGCAGUUUUUGAUAUGGGCUAUAUGGGCAGUUUCCCAGGGUGUCAUCAGAAAGGGGUGGAGGGCACUCAAGAAUUAGAAAAUAAAAUCUGUCAGUUGUCCCCCAAAUAGGCUUACAACUACUUGUAUGCAUGUGUAGAGUAAGUUGCUAUCGAGUAGUGGGAGACUACAGUACUUGCUGCCUUCUGCUACAAAAAAACAAAUACA